CCAGGCACACUAGCAAGGUCUAGAGCACAAAAAUGGAGAAAAUGGAGGAGAGUAAUAAAAAAGAAACCAAUGUUAAAAGGCAGAAGGGAGGAAUGAUCACCAUGCCUUUCAUUUUUUCAAAUGAGGUCUGUGAGAAAUUGGCUGUGGUAGGAUUCAAUACUAAUAUGAUUAGCUACCUAACGACUCAGAUUCAUAUGCCAUUAACCAAAGCUGCCAACACUGUGACGAACUUCGGUGGAACUGCUAGCUUGACACCGCUGCUUGGUGCCUUCAUAGCCGAUUCAUACGCCGGACGUUUCUGGACUAUAACAGUCGCUUCCAUCAUAUAUCAAAUGGGGAUGACAUCUUUAACUCUAUCAGCUAUACUUCCACAAUUCAGGCCGCCACCAUGUAAAGGUGAGGAAGUGUGCCAGCAAGCUACGGCAGGACAGUUGGCAAUCCUGUAUGGAUCUCUCCUACUAGGAGCCUUGGGGUCAGGAGGGAUCAGACCUUGUGUGGUUGCAUUUGGGGCAGACCAGUUCGAUGAAACCGACCCAAAGCAAUCAACCAAGACAUGGAAAUACUUCAAUUGGUACUACUUCGUCAUGGGGGCAUCAAUGCUGGUGGCUGUGACAGUUCUUGUCUACAUUCAGGACAACUUCGGGUGGGGAUGGGGCCUCGGAAUCCCCACCAUUGCCAUGUUCCUUUCGAUCAUCACUUUCAUCGCCGGUUACCCACUUUACCGGCACAUGGAUCCGGCAGGGAGUCCGUUCACCCGCUUGUUACAGGUUUCGGUGGCAGCUUUCAAGAAGAGGAAAUUGACCAUGGUUACUGAUCCACAGUUGCUGUACCGGAAUGAAGAGCUUGACGCAGCAAUUUCUUUAGGUGGAAAACUUGUUCACACAGAACAAAUGACAUUUCUUGACAAGGCAGCCAUUGUGACUGAGGAAGAUAAUGUGAAAUCCUCUCAAGCUCCUAAUCUAUGGAGACUAAACACUGUGCAUCGAGUUGAGGAACUGAAAUCUGUGAUCCGAAUGGGACCAAUAUGGGCAGCAGGAAUCCUCCUCAUCACAGCUUAUGCUCAGCAGAGCACAUUCUCCCUCCAACAAGCCAAAACCAUGGACAGGCACCUGACAAAAUCCUUCGAAAUCCCUGCUGGUUCCAUGUCUGUCUUCACCAUGGUCUUCAUGCUCUUCACCAUAGCCCUUUACGACCGGGUUCUAGUCCGCAUUGCCCGCAGAUUCACGGGGCUCGACCGGGGUAUCACCUUCUUGCACCGGAUGGGAAUCGGAUUCGUGAUAUCAGUGUUAGCCACUCUUGUAGCAGGCUUCAUCGAAAUAAAGCGUAAACAAGCAGCUUUCGCUCACGGGCUUCAAGACAAGGCUCACGGUAUCAUCCCCAUCUCAGUUAUCUGGCUCGUGCCACAGUACGCCCUCCAUGGAAUAGCUGAAGCUUUCAUGUCGAUCGGACACUUGGAAUUCUUUUAUGAUCAGUCACCUGAAAGCAUGAGGAGCACUGCUACUGCACUGUUUUGGACUUCAAUUUCAGUUGGGAACUACGUAAGCACGCUGCUGGUUUCUUUAGUGCACAAAUUCAGUGCUGGACCUGAUGGAUCAAAUUGGCUUCCGGAUAAUAACUUAAACAAGGGAAAGUUGGAGUAUUUUUACUGGUUGCUCACCGGAUUGCAGGUUGUUAAUCUUCUUUACUACAUCUGUUGCGCCAAGGUCUAUACUUACAAGCCGAUUCAAAUCCAUAGCAAAGACAGCGAACCUGAAAAAGAUGGAUUAGAGCUUGCAAGCACGGUUUAGUCUGCAUUUCCAGGGUCUAUCUAGCUAGUUAAUGAUACAUCUUGUAGAGUAAGUUUAGGAGAUUUUAAUCUGAAUCAUAAGCAUGUAAAAUACUAAAUAAUAAUAGAAAAAAAAACGCACUGCAAGAAUUACAUUUUCUGAUAGAUGAAUCAUAAAGAAUUUCGAAACCA